AUCAUCCUCGUGGUCACUCUCUCUCACACACACUCUCCUUUAAUUUGAACCUAUAAGAAUAAAGAAAAAGAUAAAAAGCUCCUCAUUUUCUUUACCCAUAAAAGCCUGCACCCUCUCUCUCUUACACCCAAUUUUCUCUGUUUCUCUCUCUAAAACAAAGAAGACAAAUACAGUCUCAGAUCCUUCUAUUCUUCAACCCACAAAAACUAUACACACGCUUCACAAAUGUUGCUUUUCAUUUCAUACAGUUCCUCUUAAUAUUUUUCUCGCAUCGAGUUGAUACAUAUAUAAGUUUAGAAACAAAAAGUGUUACUCCAUUCGAUUUGGAUAAAUGAGGUGUAAAAAGCACCUUUCGGACCUGAGUAGCAGCGUCGGCGUCUGCGCUUCAUGUCUUCGUGAAAGGCUAUUUGCGGUUAUGGCGGCCCAGGCUGAGGCCCAAGCUCAAGCUCAGGCCCGGAUUCAUGUUCAGCGGGAGUUGUUUCAGGAGGAUCACCGGAAAUCCGAUGGUAAUCCACCUCCGUUGAUGUUUCCUCGAUCAGUUUCGCCGUAUAUAUGUCGCCGGAAAUCUGAUAUGACGCCGUGGCAAUACCAGCAUAAUUCACUUCCAGAUCAAAGAUUUUACAGUACUCCACAAGUGGGACCAAAUGGUGCGUUAAUUGCUGCUGAUGCUGUACCGUAUAAGAAGAAAGGUUAUUUUAGAUUUUUCUCUGGUCUGUUUAGAUCUAAGUCGGAUAAACUAGAUUCGGAUCCUAGAAUUUCGAAUUUCAGUGAUGCUUGUCCGGCGUCGUCAUCUUCAUCAUCCUGGUUCUCCACAAUCCUCUCUCGUCGCCGGAAAAAACAGUCACGCACGUUCUCUUUAGAGGAAUCAUCGACCAAUGUUCAUCACAGGAGGACUUGUCGUAAUCGCGAUCGAGGAAUGUCUCCUCGAUAUUCCGACGAUGAGGAAGACGAGCAUUGUGGCGAAUCAAGCGGAUACUCAUCGGAGUCAUCACAAGGUUGGAAACAGACACCGAAAAGAACACCAGCUGCUCAAAUUGGCCGGCGAGGGAAAGCGAAUCACAGUCGAAAUCUUACUGGAAUGGCCUUUUGCUUGAGUCCGUUAGUGCGGGCAAGUCCGAGUAGAAAUUGGAACCAGAAGGGAAUGCCGCCGGAAAUGGUGUUUUCCGGCGAGAUUAGAGUAGCGGCGAAACCUCAGCUCUCUACAGCAACGUCGUUUUGCAAGAACAGAUCGAGAAAGCUUGCUGAUUUUGGAAGGUUCAAUCCCAACCGUUGAUUUCAAUGACCGUUGACAUUUGACCAUUUCGACGAUGAAGAGCUUUUACAACCGUGAUCAUAGAAAAAUUGAAGUACGGUUUUGCCCUUGUUUAUUUGGCUUUGUUCAUCAGUACUAUUUUCUGUACACUCCACAAAAAUACAAGGAAAAAUAAUCAAAAUAUUUCUAUAUUUUUUCCCCCAUGAUGUAACUUGUUUGUUUCCCCAACAUUUGACUAGAAUGGAUUAUCCGAAUUACAUGAUG